UAAGUGUCAGUGAGUUAUGAGCUGUACGCUAGGCUGGUACUUGUGCCACGACAGGUAACAAUUCCUCAAGGCACAUCAGUAGUGUUUGCACCUGAGAGACCAUGACGCUGAAACAUCUAUUUAUAUUGGUUCUGGCACUAUCCGCAAGUGCGCUGGCGCAGAGCGACGAUGAGUUACAUAUUCCUGUUGAAAAUGACAAUCAGUUCCCGCCUGACAAUCAUGCUGAACUAGAUGGAAAUGUGAUAGAGGGGAGCGGGGCAGGAGGCGUCAUAGAAGAACCACUUGAUACAGUCACUGAUUUGUCGACACCAUUCCUUGAGGACGUGCAACUUACUGCGUUGACAGAUAGCAUUCCCACUGUCGCGGAAGAAGAGAAACUUUCCUGCCCUCAGCCAUGCGUUUGUAACAUCGAAGGCGAUACUAAAAAAUAUAUUGUAGAUUGUUCUGGGUACGAACUAACAGAGCUGCCCAAACCAUUAGAUGCAAAGACUACAGAACUAAAUUUACAAAACAACAAAUUAACAGAAAUACCAAAGGAAAUAUCGAUUUUGAAGAAUUUGAAAGUUUUAAAUGUAAACAAUAACGAGAUUAUGGAGAUCGUCCGUGGUUCUAUAAGCGAGCUACCGGAAUUAAAAAUUUUAAAGCUGGAAAACAAUCGUCUUAUAGAGUAUCCGCAAGAUUUAAAAACAAGUUUUGGCUUAACGAAGUUAGAAGAAUUAGAACUGGGAGGCAACGAUAUGAGAACGGAGCUGAAACCAGACGUAUUCUCUAACUUUAUCGCUCUACGCUCACUGACUCUACCUACCGCUCCAGCUGGAUUGGCGAACGAUUUGUGUUCGUCACUGAAGAAAUCUUUAACGACUGUUUGUGUAGGAUCAUGUAAAACAAAGGCUAUUGAGUGUCCGGACGCACCGCAAGAAGUAGAUAGUGAUUUGUUAGAUUUUGCAUUACCAGGUUUAAUUGCAAUAGGGUCAGCACCAGAAGAAAAUGUAGACCCAGCACUCAAUUCUGAAGAUAGUACAAACUCGAAGGGUAGCGAAAAUGUUGAAACACCUUUGGAAACUAAUGUGGAAGGUGCUGAAGCAACCACUUUACAAUCCAGUUCCGAUGGCGGUUUUUCAUCCCGAUCUGCUAAAGUAGCAAAUGAAGAGUCUAAAGGAAGCCAGCCAGCAGAGGAAUCUGAUAGCACAACAAAACCAAAAUCUGAAAAUGAAAUUGUUGGAGCAACUACUUCAGAAAAGAAAACUGGAGGCGUCGAUAAAAGUGUGAUAGGAAUGGUAGUGGCCGGUAUGGUACUUGUGGUCGCUGGAAUCACUAUCAAGAAAAAUUGGAGUUCUAUUAAGAACCGAUUAAGCUCUACGCCAAGAAACGCAAACGAGCGUACAGCAGUUAAUACAAAUGGAACUGCGCCUGAAGAAGUUCCGUUGCAGGAGAAAUCACCCGUGUAAACAUUAAUUAUUCGACUAUAUUAUGUAUAAUAUUAAGUUAUACUAUGUUGAGGUAUGAUUGGUUUCGAUCUGAAUGUUAUAAUUUAUUAACAAAACAUAAUGCAUUUUAUAUCAUAGGGCUCAAAUGAGUGAAUGAAUUAGAAUAAUAAUUAGGUAAUAAAUUAUACAUCGUUGAUAAGUAUAUGUAUGGCACGAGUAAGAUUUUUUUUUGUAAAUAAAUGAUUGUUAUAACAUUA